AAACUGUCAUCAAUCUUUUCUAUCAUUAAAACCACCCGUUAAACCUCUAAAAAUUCUCGGUUUUCACAUAUUUCAGUCAAAACCCCCAAACUCGAGCGAGCUAAUUCAGCCAUGGACAAACCUUCCAGUUCAAGACCACCUUUACCAGCCACCGACUACGACCAAGACGAAGACGCGAUUUUAUCGAAUUCAGAAUUCUUGACUCGGGAUGAAGUUCUAAAACGGCGAGUGCGUCGACUGAGACGACUCUCCAAGUUUUACCGAGAUUGUUACUGGUUGUUAAUGGAGGAUGUGAGGAUAAAACAUCGGGAGUAUGUCUGGAAGUAUGGAAAGAGUCCUUGCAUAGAAGAAAAUGGUGAUGUUAUUGUUGUAAAGAGAGAGAAUGGCGAUAUUGGUGAUGAAGUUCUUGAUAAUAAUGUUGACAAUGGUGAUAAGUUAGGGUUAGGGUCGGAUGUAAAUUUCAAGAGGUGUGCGUUUUCGGCGUGUUCAGCGAAAGCUAUGGCGUUAACGAACUAUUGUGUUGCUCAUAUUGUGAUGGAUACCAAACAAGUGCUCUACAAACGCUGCAAAUCUCCGCAGACGGUUUUGAAGAGCUACCGAGCACCAGUUAAUGGGCAAUUCAGUCCGCCUCUUAUGUGUAGCAGCACGGUAUUGAAAUCCGACUCUCCAUAUCUCUGCAAUAAACAUGCGGAAGACACUAGGAAGCAUAUCUCCGCAUCUUUGAAGAAGAGCGGUGCUCCUGCUACCAUAUCUGCAAGGCUUGCUUCCAAGUUCCAAUUCCACCUUGUGAUAAAAGAGUAUGUCAACCAUAUUCAAUCUAAAAGAAGAGCCAAUGCAAAUGGUAAUGACCGUGUUUGAAUACCUCUACAUUUUAUUCUUAUCGACGUUUAUAUAUCUAACCGAGCAAGACUUACAUCGUGAUCAAGUAAAUAUGAGGCUUUCCACAGCACCCGAAAGAAACUUUGCUGGCUUUUCGUGAAUCUACCGUGUUGAUCUAAUGUGUAUGAUUCUUUCCCCCCUUCUUUUUUAUCUUCUGUGUUCCGUUGUGGAAAAAUGACCUACUGGCCAGUGACUGAACCUGAUAACAGUCGAAGUACUGACUAAUGAUCUGUCUAAAAAAAAUGGUGAUGUUUUUGAGUACAUAAAAUUGUUGUACAGGACAACGAUUUUGCACGUUCUCAGCUAAGGCUGAAUGUUUUUAUUCUUCGUUUAUAAUAAUUGUUUGAUAUUUUUCGAUAUCGUUCUUGACUCGUGAGUUACAUAUUCAACUUUACAGAAGAUCAGGGAUGGUUCUGGGCACGUGUAAGGUGUCUGACUUUAUUAGACUUCUAAAGUAUUUCUUUUUCUACUUGCUUUAUAGACCUCUAAAUUUAAAAAUAUAAAGGAAAAGAAUAAACGGAGCCUUAAAAGUUACUAUUUUUGCUCCGGCCCGGCGGAAGAUAUACAGUGAAGUUUGAUGGUGAGAGAUCGUAAAUGUGCAACAUAAAAAACUAACUAAACCAGUCCCCAGAAAAUAAUAGAAAAGGCACAGGCAAGAAAAGGUUUUGUUAAGCAUAUUUUUAUAUAUAAGCUUAUCGGAGGAAAAAUUUUACA